GGGUAUGCUACCCCAACUACUUUUAUAUGUAAAACAGUGCGUUGACGUUUAUAAAUAAACAUGACAGGUGUUACUUGUUAAAGGUUAGGCAAAUCGCUCUUGUAAUGUAUUUCUUAAAGUUCUAAUUGAGUUUUACAAGUAUGACGAAGGAUACGAAGAUAUUUUUCCAUAAAACAGUGCUACAUUUGGCCAGAUCGCUCGCAGCAAUAAAAAACACACCAUGGGAAAAGGUGAAAACGUUGUUCACAUUAUGUCCUUCGGAAGUGAAAAAUGGGGUGAUAGCAAUCAGUUGUCGCCAACAAGAUGCAGUCAUUGCUUUGGGAAUAUACUUUCUGGAGUCUGGACUGCAACACCAAGAAAAAAUACUCCCUUACUUAAUGAACCUGGCCAAACUGUUGGAAAAGGCAACAUGGGUGGAUGAAAUGAAAUACAAUGAAACUGAUAGGAUUCCCAUAGCUGAGAAAUUCAGCUUUUGCUUGCACACAUUGUUGAGUGACAUUGCAGUGCGUUGUGAGGAGGCACGGAACAGCAUAAUAAACCUCCAGGUUGAUUGCAUGGUAUCACUAACCAACAGUAUUUUAAAUUUACAAGACCCAGAUAGCAGCAAUAGUGCCACAAAGUUGUUUGUGAGCAAGACAACAAUUCCAGUACUUAUUGGAUUAGCUAGGGCAAUGGGGAGAUUUACUGCUAAUGAUCCACCAUUGAUAUGUAGAAUAUUUCCUAAGCCUGAACCCCCUUUAAGUCAAGAGGCUACCAAAGAUCAAAAUGCUUACAAAAGGAGUUUCAGCAAUUUUAGAAAUAUUAUUCCUAGAAGUUUAUCAGGGAAUUUAGCAGCAACUGUGGAUAUUGUUACCCUAACAACACAAGGCUAUGAAACAACAGACAUUGCAUACAAUUCAAACUCACUCAAAAGAGGCUCCAUAAUUUGCCACCAUCAGGGCAGUUAUGAUGCCACAACGUAUUUCUUCUCCAAAUUUGGCUCCAGUUUCAACCAAUUUCCACAUUUGAGGAUCAACGAUCUGAAAGACAAGGAAAAGCAGAUUAUAUUUCCAGAGGCUCACUUAUCUACCAUUUUAGCAAUGAACAAAAAGUUACUUACAAAAGAUGUACUUGAAUUACUAGAUGAAACAGCAUUAGAAAUACAUUCCACAGGGAAAAUAUUGAUUUUUCCUUAUAAAACGUUUUCUGAAACAGUCAAUUUGGUCAUGGUUACUUUAAUGAGGGAACUGUUGCAACCCCAGAAGGAUUUGCCUAUUCCUUUCACCAAGGAUGUUCAGGAAUUCGUCAAAGGGUUGUUUUUGAACGGGCAAACAGAAUUGCAGAGCAAAAAUCACGAUGCAAGCGAAAAGGAAGAUAGGGAAAGCAAUUUUGCAUUGGUCAACAAGUUUAAAAUGAACGUUAUGGCCAAUGCUGCCUGUGUGGAUUUGCUAGUCUGGGCUAUUGGCGACGAAACAGGCGCUGAUAGUUUAUGCGGUCGUCUGAGCGAAAAAAUAAACUCUAGCCAAGGCUACCGCUUAAUUUUGGCCCACAUGCCUCUGUUGAUGGUUUGUCUAGAAGGCUUGGGCAAACUGGCGCAGAAAUUUCCGAACAUCGCCUCCACAUCAAUUUAUUGCCUGCGAGACUUCCUCAUAACUCCUUCACCCAUCCUACUGAAGUUGCACCGACAAGCAAACGCCAAAGGCAACAAGGAACCGAUCAAGAUAACACCGCAAGGCAACGAUUUAAAGGUCGAGUCGAACACGAAAACCGUUUCGUCGACGCAGUCGGCGUUUGAACGACUACGAGACGCAGCCAUCGAAAACUUGUGCUACGCCUUAGGUGCCGCACACAGUUCGGACCCUGAUUGUGUCAGGGCUUUGGUGGCUGCCGUUUCGAAUAGGUUGUUCACUGCUGAGAAAAAGGACAGCGAAUCUACUUUGAUAUCCACGAAUAUUGUUAUUAUGCUGGGUCACGUGGCGGUGUCCAUGAAAGGCACCCCCAAAACAACUGAUACAAUUUUGCAGUUCUUCCAACAACGAUUUUGUCGGGUGCCCUCGGCCCUCGACACUUUGAUCGUGGAUCAGCUAGGAUGUAUGAUAAUCGCCCAGUGCGAACCUCAUGUAUACGAAGUUGUGAUGAAAAUGUUUACGAUGAUUACCGUAGAAAGUGCGAGUGCUGCAUACAACUCCACAAACGAUAAGACCCAAUACAGACACGUCUCCAGGUCUGUAAUCAACGCCUUGGCCAACAUUGCUGACAACAUCCAAGGCGAGCAACAAAUGAACGAACUCCUCGGCCGAUUACUUGAACUGUUCGUACAGUUGGGUCUGGACGGCAAAAGGGCCUGCGACAAAUCACCAGGAGCCUUGAAAGCUUCAAGUUCCGCAGGAAAUUUGGGAGUCCUGAUACCCGUCAUAGCAGUACUUUUGCGGAGGUUGCCCCCCAUCAAAAAUCCCAAGCCCAGAAUUCACAAACUCUUCAGGGACUUUUGGCUGUUCUGCGUUAUUAUGGGCUUCACCGCCUCGGAAUCAGGUUUGUGGCCGGCCGAAUGGUACGAAGGCGUCAGAGAGAUUGCAGUCAAGUCACCCACAUUAAUUUCCCCCAAUUCGAGCCGAUCCGAAAUGAGGGAGCUGCAGUACACCAGUGCCGUAAGGAACGAUUGCGUCUCCAUAAACGAGUUGCAGGAAUUGAAGUCGCAAAUUUUGGACUUACUCAAGCAUCCUCCUGAUGUUACGGCGUACGUUAACAAGCUUUCCUUCGCUCAGUGCACGUUUUUGUUAAGCGUUUACUGGGUGGAAACGCUGAGGGUUCAAUAUUCUGGUGAACCAAGUUUGGUGCCUAUUAUUUCCGAUUAUCUGAGUGACUCGGCACUUCAAAAGGACAAAGCGGGUAUGUGGAGUUGCGUCUCUUCCGUUGGUGAAAGAGUAUUCGACAAGUUUUUGGAGGUAAUGAAGAACAAGCCCAAGAAUGAAGUCAGGGAGGCUGACUUGGAGCAACACGCCCAAUUUUUACUCGUUAACUUCAACCACCAACACAAGCAAAUCAGACGCGUCUCCGACAAGUUUCUCUCCAGACUUGUGGACAAGUUUCCACACUUGUUAUGGAGCAGAAGGGUUUUGUGGACGAUGUUGGACAUCCUACAAGUACUGUCAUACUCCUUGCAAAUUGAUCCGAAUCAAGAAACACCAACGUUCAGAAUACAUCAGACUCCCUACAACAUCCAACUGAUGGACACGUUGGAAGCCAGAGAAACAAUCGUGAGAGAUUUCGCUGAGAAUUCAGAUCGCAUAAUUCGAGAGGCACUGAAAUGGGCCCCACAAUGGACCCGAUCCCAUAUCCAGGAGUACAUCAAUCACAUCCCUUCAUCUGGGAUUUGGCACCACACUGGUUUGAGCAUGGCCUUGGAGUCCCUCCAGCAGUUUGGUCCUUUGAACGUGUACUCGGCGCCGUUGAGCACGAGUACGCUGGACAAGAGGCCGAAAUGUGUGAAGAGCGAUUCAUCGAAGAUCAUGUCCACGUCGGCGAUGCGUUCCAAGUACACCGGCGUCGUUAAAGGCAUCCUUGAGUUGGACAUGAUAGACGGAGGUAGAGACGCUCUGGUGAACGCCGUGUUGUCCCGCGUCUGGAAGGCGUGCCAGGAGCGAUCGGACGCCCUGCACAGGGACGCCUUGUGGCAAGCCACCGCCCUCCUGAUUUCCUCGCAGGAGCUGAACAGGAACCUGUUGCAUUGCAUUGCGUGGUCUCAGGUGGAGCUAUUCACCGUCGAUGCGAUGCUGACGGCAGUCGAAUGUUGGCAGUGGCUGAUCACAUCGAAGCCGGAACUGGAGAUACGGUUUUUGCAGGAGAUGGUCUCAGCGUGGAACUGCACCGUGCACAAGAAGCUGGGCUUGUUUUCGAUCACGAAGCCGCCAACCAGUCCGUUGUCAGCUUAUGAAGGGUGUCAUUUAGAACCGGAUCCUCCUUUCGUCAAGCCCCAUGCCAUUUGGGUGCAGUUUAUUUGUGAAUUGGUGGAGACCAUCAAGUACAGCAGUUAUGAGAAAGUUGAAAUGUUGGCCAGUUUAAUCCAUAGGUCUUUGGCGAUGUGUGUGGGUCAAGACCCGCCUUGUCAGACAAGACAUGUUUCAGCCAUAGGCACCAGAUUCAAGCUAUUGACUUGUGGGUUGUCGUUAUUGCAAGGAGAUAUUUUGCCUAAAAGUUUGGCAAAAAAUGUACUUAGAGAAAGAAUUUACUGUAGUUGCCUGGACUAUUUUUGUAAGCCAGUUAGUUGUCCUACUCAAUCCACCUCUGAAUUGAGGGAGGACAUAACCACUUUAGUUAAAUUUUGGCAAAUGCUCCAUUCGGACAAGAAGUACUUAAAAGCUUCAGAUGUUGGAGAUUUAGAUCUAGGUCCCACAACUCCACUAGCGGCGAUACAAAACAACGAGCUAGCAAAACCUGGUGAAUUCAACCGUCCAGCAACCGGUUGGAUUAACACCGUACCAUUAUCUACCAGUUCCGCCACUUUAAGUAAACGAUCUUCAAAGUCUAAAAGGGCACCGAUGGCCGACAAUUUCGUCAAGUGUUACUUGAAAAAGAGGAAUCUGAUUUUGGAGUUGCUUGCUGUCGAAUUUGAAUUUUUGAACGUCUGGCACAAUCCGACGGGCAAAGCUGAACUCCUAAUUCCGGGCGAGGAAAACAUUGCAGCCUGGCGAGGCAAACCGAUAACCGACAAACAGUGGCAAGACUUUACUCGCCUUGCGUGGGAUAUUUCACCAGUACUAGCCGUUUAUCUUCCAUGCAGGUUUCGAACGAACGAAGCUAUAAUCAACGAGAACAAACACCUGAUCCUCCAGAAUCCGGUCUGUGUUUCCCACGUGCCGGAGGCACUUCAGUACCUGGCUACCACAGAUGCAUUGCUGGCGGACAUUCCGAAGCUGAAUUACAUGCUGACUUGGGCACCAAUUUCGCCUAUUCAGGCGCUGGCCUUUUUCAGUCGACAGUUCCCGCCGCACCCGAUUUCGUCGCAAUACGCCGUGAGGGUGCUCAGUUCCUAUCCGGCGGAUGCAGUUCUGUUUUACAUUCCCCAACUCGUCCAGGCGUUGAGACACGACACAAUGGGUUACGUGACGGAGUUUAUCAAGUACAUUGCUAAGAAAUCGCAAAUUGUGGCCCACCAAUUGAUUUGGAACAUGAAGACUAACAUGUACUUGGACGAAGACAUGCAACAGAAAGAUCCUGUUUUAUACGACCAACUGGAGGCGUUAUGCCAAAAUAUAUUGUCAGAAUUAUCAGGCCCAGCGUUGCAGUUCUACGAACGUGAGUUCGACUUCUUCGACAAAAUCACGAACAUAUCCGGCGAAAUUCGGCCAUAUCCUAAAGGACCGGAGCGACGCAAGGCUUGCCUGGAAGCGCUAAGCAGAAUUAAGGUACAAAACGGUUGUUACCUUCCAAGUAACCCUGAAGCAAUGGUGCUGGAUAUUGAUUACAAAAGUGGCAUUCCCAUGCAGAGUGCUGCUAAAGCUCCUUAUUUGGCCAAGUUUAAAGUCAUGAAGUGUGGCAUAAAUGAACUAGAAAAUAUUGCUAUGGCUGUUUCAUCAAACCAGCAAAAGGAGCUGAGUUUAGGACCGGAAUUGUGGCAGGCGGCGAUUUUCAAAGUAGGAGACGACGUCAGACAAGACAUGUUGGCGUUGCAGGUCAUUGGAAUAUUCAAGAACGUUUUCCAAACCGUCGGGCUCGACUUGUAUCUGUUUCCUUACCGAGUGGUCGCCACAGCUCCAGGGUGUGGGGUCAUAGAAUGCGUCCCCAACGCAAAAUCCCGCGACCAACUGGGUCGUCAAACCGACAUAGGCAUGUACGAGUACUUCCUGAAGACGUACGGCGACGAGAGCACGAAAGAGUUCCAGAAUGCUCGUCGCAACUUCAUUGUGUCGAUGGCCGCGUACAGCGUCGUAGGUUUCCUGUUGCAGAUCAAGGAUCGACACAACGGCAACAUCAUGUUGGACACAGACGGACACAUCAUCCACAUCGACUUCGGAUUCAUGUUCGAGUCGUCCCCGGGAGGCAAUCUGGGCUUCGAACCGGACAUCAAACUUACCGACGAGAUGGUGAUGAUCAUGGGCGGCAAAGUCGAGGCGCCGCCUUUCAGAUGGUUCUCCGAGUUGUGCGUGCAGGCUUAUUUAGCCGUCCGACCGUUCCAAGAGGCUAUAAUCUCGCUGGUGUCGUUGAUGCUGGACACUGGUCUUCCCUGUUUCCGUGGCCAGACGAUCAAAUUGCUGAGGGGCAGAUUCAACCCCGGGGCAAGCGACAAGGAGGCGGCCGCCUACAUGCUGCAAAUAAUACGGAACAGUUUCUUGAACUUCAGGACACGCACUUACGACAUGAUACAAUAUUAUCAGAACCAAAUACCCUAUUAGAAAAAAAAUACUCGACAAUUCCAUUAGUUAAUGUGUUUUAGAUAUUUGAGAAUUAGCAACCAUCUGUCCCUUCCCCAUUUGAUCAGUAUUUCAUGUUAUAUGGUUGAAAUGUGUUUCAGGUGUAAUUGUUACAUUUUGUUGGUCAUUUUUAGAUGUAUGUCCAAAAAUUAAUUUUAUCAGUAUUGUGAAUUAGGGAAAUUUGGAUGAAAUUUGAAAUUUUUGGCGUACUGUGUCACACUCAGCGGUGGAAAGUAUUUAACAAUUUUUAUAAGUUGUUUGUUGAUGUAUAUAUAGGAAUAAAUUGUAUAUUUUAUAAAUUAUAUUUAUUGUUAACAUUAUUGUUUCAAAUUAAAUAAAGUAUUUUAAAAAUUAAA